AUUGAAUCUUUCACCAAAGUUGUCAACACAACAAUUCAAGAAGGACUUCAGAACAUGAACAACUUAUAUGCAGUAAUGAUGUUAUUAAAAGCAGUUUGUAGUGCAAUACCUAGGAAUAUUGAUUCAUUUAUGGCGGAAAUUAUUCAAGUCGUGGAGAAACUUACGAAUGACGUUUUGAAACCUCUACAAAAUGCGUCCACAAAUAUUAUUCCUACUUUAAACGGUUCCACGCAACCACCAGAUUAUAACACUAGUGUGCUUAUUAUGGCGCUUCAACUUGUAAAUUCUCGAAUUUGCGAUUUGAAUGAACCAAGAUCCGCAUUUCUUGCCUGUCUUACUCAACUUGUAGAAAAGUCCAAAGAUAUUGAGCUUUUACGAACUAUUUUUGAAAUGGCAAAACAAUGGGUGAUCCUAAAAACUGAACCUUUCCCUACUAUUGAAGAAAAAGCUAAUAUCUUGGUUAAUAUGUUAUGUUUUGAAUCUUUGGAUGAUAAAAGCUUAAUGGAAGAUUAUUUAAAUCUUGUUAUCACAAUAUACACUAAACCAUCAUUUGCUAGAACUGAAUUAACUUUGAAAUUAGAGAGAGCAUUCCUUAUUGGUACUCGUAAUGGAAGUGCUAAAAUUCGUAACAAAUUUAUGGAAAUUUUUGAUCAAAGCAUGAUCAAAUCAUUAUCUACACGUUUCAAUUAUGUGAUUGCAGGACAAAAUUGGGAACCUCUUGCUGGAUACUUUUGGAUUCAUCAAGCUUUUGAUCUUCUUAUUA